UUGAAGUUGGGUUUUCUCAAUGGAGUUACUUGUUGAAAAGACAUAGACUCAAUUGUAUUGAGCAACCUAACUGCAAUUCAUGUGUGUUUUUGUCUUCAAUGUUAUUGAUGGGUUGGUGAUUUUCUAUGUUAGUGGUCUAAGAGCUAUGUUCGGUAUCUGAGAUUAUUAUAGCUUCUGGGUUCUGGUUCUUCUUUACCCAUUUCAGGACCAAUGCCCAAACGAAGUAGGAAGGUUGAUUUGGUUUUGAGAAAAAGAAGGAAACAAUGUGGUAAAGAAAACUUGGUAGACAGAAUCAGUGCGUUGCCUGAUGAUAUUCUUGUUAUCAUACUGUCUGGCUUGCCUGUAAGGGAUGCACAAGCUACUAGUAUCCUUUCUAGGAGAUGGCGGUAUUUGUGGACCGACAUUACCACUCUCGACUUUAAUGAUGAGAAAAAUCUAUGCAGAUUGUACGAGCUGAGCAAAUUUUCUCAAGAGGGGAAGGAGUUGAAGAAGGUUAGGAAUGUUGAUAGGGUGGACGAUGUGUUAAAACUGCAUAGAGCCCCAUACAUUGAGCGAUUCAGGGUUUCUUUUGAUAUUGGUCCGAGAAAGUCUAUUGAUGAAUGGAUUCAAUUUGUAAUGGAAGGGGAGUUCAAAUGCUUGAGUUGGACUUCUUGGAAUAUCCUGCUUACAUUCAAUCCAGUAGACCCGUGCGCUAUGCACUUAGCCAAAAUGUUUUAGGUAUUGAAAAAGGUUCUGGUUUGAAUCCAUCGUGUUCUGAUAUACCACGUGAACAUAUUAGUAAAUAUAUCGGGUUUAAGUCGCUAAAAGUUCUUGAUUUGAAAUCAGUUGAUGUGACUGGAAAUGUUCUUGAGAGACUUUCCAUCUCUGAUUCCUCAAAGUUGGAUAACAUCAAAAUUAUCUAUCCCUCAACUUCAUUGAAGUACUUGGUGAUACAACAAUGUUACAACAUUAACAGAAUUGAGAUUUCUGAUGCUAAUCUCAUUUCAUUCAUUUACGAUGCAGACAAGGCAUUCAUUUAUGACCCAGUUGAGGUAGAGUUGUUUCUUAAGAAUCUACCGCUUCUUGUUGAGGUGUCCCUUGGUGCAAUCCAUUCAAUUGAUUUCAUAGAGGUUGCCCCUCACAUUUCUUGCUGCCUUUCACAACAAGAGAUUCUCAAACUGAGUAAUUUGAGGCCGAGCUACAAGUGGGAUUCAUUAUAUCCUACACUAUCUAAUCUCAAGCAUUUGGAAUUAGCAUUUGAUGAAAAGGAUGAUUGUGGUCUUCUUCAAUUAGCUUCCUUCAUUUCGGCAUCUCCUUUAUUGGAAACACUUGUGCUGCAGUUAGACUGCCUUUCUUCUUCAUUGACAAGGAAAGGACCCUUUCCCCACAAGAAAGCAGCAAAGUGCUACCAUCAGAACAUCAAGGUGGUAGAAAUUAUAAGAUAUGGUGGUACCACACGCCAGAUUGAUCUCGUGAAGUACGUGACGAAAACUGCAUUUAGUCUUGAAUAG